CCUGCGCGGCGGCGGCGGGCGGGUCGACUAGUCAGUCGGUGUCUCCUUCACUUCGUCCUCCAGUUCGAGCGGCCGCAGCCAGCGCGGCCUCCUCACGGCGAGACCCUCCCGGCUCCCCUCGGACAGCCCCGCCGGCCAGAUUCAUUAGAUUGGCCUAGCUAUGACUUAUCCUCCACCAUGUUCCCCUCCGCCUCCGAGACCUCCAAUGGCGAUCCCUCCAUCAUAUGCAGAUCUUGGCAAAUCUGCCAGAGAUAUCUUCAACAAAGGCUAUGGUUUUGGGCUGGUGAAACUGGAUGUGAAAACAAAGUCUGCAAGCGGGGUGGAAUUCACAACAGCUGGUUCAUCAAACACAGACACAGGGAAAGUGAAUGGGAGCUUGGAGACCAAAUACAAAUGGGCUGAGUAUGGUCUGACUUUCACAGAAAAAUGGAACACAGAUAACACUCUGGGAACAGAAAUUGCGAUUGAAGAUCAGAUUGCCAAAGGUUUGAAGCUAACGUUUGACACAACCUUCUCACCAAACACGGGGAAGAAAAGUGGCAAAAUUAAGUCAUCUUAUAAACGUGAAUGCGUAAAUCUUGGUUGUGAUGUUGACUUCGAUUUUGCUGGACCUGCGAUCCAUGGCUCGGCUGUCGUUGGUUACGAGGGCUGGCUUGCUGGUUAUCAGAUGACUUUUGACAGUGCCAAAUCGAAGCUGACAAGGAAUAACUUCUCUGUGGGUUACAAAACUGGAGACUUCCAACUGCACACUAACGUCAAUGACGGGUCAGAAUUUGGUGGCUCAAUUUACCAGAAAGUGAGUGACAAUCUUGAUACUGCUGUAAAUCUAGCUUGGACAGCAGGCAGCAACAGCACUCGUUUUGGUAUUGCAGCUAAAUACCAGUUGGAUUCCACUGCUUCCAUCUCUGCAAAAGUGAACAACUCUAGUUUAGUUGGAGUGGGUUACACCCAGACCUUGAGGCCAGGUGUGAAGCUUACACUCUCCGCCCUGGUAGAUGGGAAGAGCAUCAAUUCUGGAGGUCAUAAACUUGGUCUUGGUCUGGAGUUGGAAGCUUAAAACAGCUGAAGAAACUGCUGCAAGGAAGGGAUAUCAGAAGAAUUUGGCCUUAAAAAUGUAUUUCCAAUGUGAUCAGCAGGCUUUUUU